ACCCAUCGGUUCUAUAUUUCCUUCGAGAACAGCCUAUGUAAUGACUACAUCACGGAGAAAUUCUAUCGCAGAAUUUCACAGUUGCUCAUUCCUGUCGUCAUGAAGAGAAAAUUCUAUGAAGGUACUGACGUUCCAUCCGAAUCGUUCAUUGCUCUGGACGACUUCAACAGCACAAAAGAGUUGGGAGAUUACUUGAAUUUCCUGCGCAACAAUGAUACUGCAUACCUGAAGUACUUUGGGUGGACCAAGCACUAUCGGCUACCAUCGUCCUAUAAGAGUGACGCCUUAUGUAAGCUUUGCGGUGAUAUCUACCGUGAAGAACGUCUCGUUGUUGAAAACAUAGUACAGUAUUACCUCAACGAUCAAUGCACAGGAGGCGGU